UUUCCAAGAGGAAAUUGACAACAGAGGAGGAUAUUGAAGAUGUUAGGAGGGAGAUUAGAAUCAUGCACCACUUGGCUGGUCAUCCAAAUGUGAUUUCCAUUGUUGGUGCUUAUGAAGAUGCCGUUGCUGUUCAUCUUGUUAUGGAGCUUUGUGCUGGUGGAGAGCUUUUUGAUAGGAUCAUACAGAGAGGGCAUUAUACUGAGAGAAAAGCUGCUAAACUUGCUAGGGUCAUUGUUGGUGUUGUUCAGGCUUGUCAUUCUUUGGGUGUCAUGCAUAGAGACUUGAAGCCGGAGAAUUUCUUGUUUGUUGACCAUGAGGAGGAAUCAUUGCUUAAGGCUAUUGAUUUUGGGCUCUCAAUGUUCUUUAAACCAGGUGAAAUGUUUACUGAUGUGGUUGGAAGUCCAUAUUAUGUGGCCCCUGAAGUUUUGCGGAAGCACUAUGGGCCAGAAUGUGAUGUAUGGAGUGCUGGGGUGAUCAUAUAUAUUUUACUUAGUGGGGUUCCCCCAUUUUGGGAUGAAACGGAACAAGGAAUUUUUGAGCAAGUUUUGAGAGGAGAGCUUGACUUUGUUUCUGAACCAUGGCCUAGCAUAUCUGCAGGUGCAAAGGAUCUUGUUCGAAGAAUGCUUAUAAGGGACCCUAAGAAGAGGUUAACAGCACAUGAAGUUCUUUGCCACCCCUGGGUUCAGGAAGGAGGUCUUGCUCCUGAUAAACCGUUGGAUUCUGCUGUUUUAUCUCGUCUCAAGCAAUUCUCUGCGAUGAACAAGUUGAAAAAGAUUGCCAUUCGAGUAAUUGCUGAAAGUCUCUCUGAGGAUGAAAUUGCAGGACUGAAAGAAAUGUUCUCGAUGAUAGACACAGAUAAUAGUGGACAGAUCACUCUUGAGGAACUGAAAAAGGGUUUGGAGAGAGUGGGUGCUAAUCUUAAAGAAUCCGAGCUUCUAUGGUUAAUGGAAGCAGUAAGUGCCUUGCAUGCUAGUGGUACCAUAGAUUAUGGUGAAUUUAUAGCAGCAAUGCUUCAUCUAAACAAAAUCCAGAAGGAGGAUCAUCUAUAUGCUGCCUUUACUUAUUUUGACCAAGAUGGUAGUGGAUACAUUACAAAGGAAGAGCUUCAACAAGCUUGUGAAAAGUAUGGAAUUCUAGAUGGCAACAUAGAUGAUAUAAUACGCGAAGUUGACAAGGAUAAUGAUGGACGCAUUGAUUACAGUGAGUUUACUGCAAUGAUGCAAGAAACUGACUUUGGCAAAAUUGGUCUACCUAAAGCAUGAGUAAAAAUUGUGGCUGGCUUCAAAGCAUUAAUGAACUCUUUCAUGGUCAUGCCAAAAUGAGGGAUAGAUGUUGAUAGAUAAAGUAUCAGAUAGAUAUAUAUAGCUAGCAUCAUCUUCAGAUCUCUUCCAUGUGCCAGAUUAUGUAAGUGCUUGCCCUUACACAAUGCUAGCUUUAGCUUCAAGGAGAGGAAGCAUGAACCACAUUGCUUAUAACCAGUCCUUUAUGUAUUUACAAAUCAUUUUCUUAGUUGAACAUAAUCAAGUAUGCAGCAGUAGUAGAUUUUCACAGUUUUCUUUACACCCUUUAAAAUCUAUUACCCUUUUUUUCUUGGGGGUAAAAUAGAUGUGGUAGAAUGAGAUCUCAUCAUCACUUUCAAACCAACCAUUUGCUCAUGCUGAAUAUCAUGUUGUAUCAACACAUGUAUUGAUGUAUAGACUAUAGAGCUAAGUAAUUUGUGUACCUUUUUUCUUUUUUCUUCUUUCCGUUAA